AUGGUGUCACUCAAGAUCUUGUUCCCUGCUCUCCUCUUACAAGCCCAGUCCGUACUGGGUAUUGACCGUGUGUGCCAGCACUUCCCAUAUAAUGAACUGCUCCCUCUCAAGAACUACCCACCAGCGGAAUCCUACUGUUCCCGUCAUUAUCCCUUGCCUGCUUCGACUGUCACUCGAACGAUGACGAUACCGACGACUGCAGUUGUGACCAUCUCCAAACCUAUCCACACUCUUACGUUCACCACCAGUGUUACCACGUCUACUGUUUACACGUCGACUGCGACAGCGUACGUCUAUACGACUACAGCGACUGCCACAACUACCACUGGAACUUCGACCCAGACUAUCUACACCGGCACGGAGAUUGAUACAGUCUACACUCAGACCAACCUAGUCACCGAAUACACUGCUACAUCAACGGAUUACCAAACAACAGGAACUGACACGAUCACCACAACCAUAGCUACACUUCCCACGACGAUCACAACCGCAACAAUCACAGUUUUUGCCUCCCAGAAAACCACGGCUACGGCGUCAUCUGGAACUACUACGGUCUACACAACUGUCGACACCGGUAUACAAAAGCGCCAUUACCAUGAUUAUCGUGAUGAUCUUCUGCCGAAGCUGGCAAAAUGUCAAAAUAACAUCCUGAAGACGGCAUGCUCAUGUAUCGAAGUUCACGCACCGACACAUACUAUCACGCACACGACUAAAUGCACCCAUACUUCGUUCAAAACUGUCGGGGGGGCUACUAAGACCGUGAACGUAGUUGGUACAAUGACAACAAAGCAAGCAUUAACAUCCACCAUAAGCACCGCAUCUACAACCACUACCUCUGUUGGUUAUAUCACAACAUUAUUGGAUGUCGAAACAGAUACUACCAGCAUUGACUCCACCUCAACGCUGUCAACAGUCUUUGUGACCGAAGUUCCCACAGCAGCUGCGACUACGACUUCAGUCACUUAUUUCUCCCCAGUCAACGUCGCAUUCACAACAACGUCAACUACCACGUCUACUAUGACUGUCACAGUACCUCUCGCUACCACUACUGCCUCGAUUAAUGUUGCCUACACCAAAGUAUUUGGCCCAACAGACGGAUGCGCUUACGUCUUGGAAGCUGACUACCUGGAUCAAUAUUCACAAGAUAUCCCUACCGGCACACCACACGCUGAUAGAGUUGCCAUCUGCGCUGCGUUCUGUGACAGAACGCCUGGAUGCAAAACAUUCGGUAUGAAUUGGUUCCCGUCUUGCGGAGCAAAUGGCGAGUCGGUUUAUUGCAUUGCUUCUCAAGAUGCAUGGGCAGGCUCGGGUACUAUGGAAUGCGGUAUUGGAACUGGUUAUAAUGGAUGCUCCAUCUACCAGGAUGGCACUGUAUAUCAAAAAUCUUGA